AUGAGACGAGACGAGACGAGACGAGACAAGACGAGUCGAGUCGAGGUUAGGCGAAAGGAUGUACGGCUAGUUAGGAGAGACGGCGGAGAGACGGUCGAGUCAGGAUCUGGCGAAAGAGUAGAGGUAGAGGGGAACGAUGCGAAUGAACAUGAAGGCGAGGUUCCACGAACGUCACGAGUUUUGGCUAUCGUCGAACAGCUGCAGCAGAAUGAAAGAAGAAGCCGAACGGAAACCAGACGCUGUAACGCACACUCAGAAACGUUCUUCUCUCCCCUAGAAGUUGUUCGUGGCAGGUCGACCGGUUCUGCUCUAAUUGCAUUUCCCGCGAGUACUCGGAACCCUUCGUGCUUCCGUUGUGGU